AUGGAAGUUGAACAACUGCAUAGACAACCACUACCAACACCCACUAAUGCAAUGGUGGCAGUGGUGGUCUAUGCAGGCCCAAAUGUUAUGGAAGUUAUUACAGUCUCAACUGUAGACCUUAGUGGCAAUAGUCUGCAUGAAAAUAACUACUUGAUAGCCUGUGUGGAAACGAUACCAAAGCGUUUCAAGUCUGCACAACAUUAUCUUGGCUCUUAUACUGUGCCGUUGCUGGAAGAAACUCGCAUGGAGAUAUGUUCACGGAUGGAGUUUAUGUCAGGUGUUCCUCAUGCUGAGAUGAUCUCUGUAGAGGGGUCUAAGCAGCAUGGGGGGUCAAUCUUGUAUCGCAUCAAGGUUGACUUCUGGAGACACCGGUAUGGUGUAUCUGGCAAAGAACUGUACAAGCCGAAACCUUUGGAUUUGCUUAUUUUGGGUGAUACUGUGCCCGAAGUUGCUUCGGACUUGCAGCGUUUUCGAAGCAAUUGGUCUUUGGCUUCAGUUGUAGAAGAUGUGAAAGAGUCUGAUUCUCUAGGGGACGAAGACAGAGUUGUAUACUUUCAGGUUAAGACCUCAAAGACCAUAAAGAUAGAGAUGAAAGAGGGCAUAUGGAAACCACGUUUUGUUGUGUUUCUGGUAAAGGAAAAUUGCAGUCUCUGUUCUGCAGAAGUUGACAGGAUUUUGGCUGGAAAGUUGAUUCACAAUUAUUACUGGAUCUUAAUGAAUCUCAAAGAGCUGUGGUAUUGGGGACUAUAUCUGCAAACACUUGCUUGUGCCCCGAAAAACGUCGCAGUUGCUGAACUUGCGCUACGUAUCUUGAACAUUCAGAAAGAUGCUAGCGAAUCAGACUUUGGAAAGAACAAGUCAAGUUGUUCAUUAGGGGACUUUCUCUUGUUUGGAAAUAUGAAUACAUUGGAGUUAUGUAAUGAUCUUGGAAAGAUUUAUGUGGAUUAUCGUGUGGAUAGUCUUGUAGAGUGUUUUGCACCAUCAACUGGUUGGAAGAAACAUUUUGAUUCCAUGGUGGAUUUUCUUGAAGAUUGUGUAUCUCGGUAUCGUUUGCAUUUGAAGAAUGUAAUAACUACAAAGGUUCAUGUAUUGGAGAAAGUUGGAACUAAUUCUGAAGUCCAUAUGUCACUUGUCAGGUUCGGAAAAGAUCGAUUCAGAGCUUUAGCGGUGCCACUCAAAAGAAGCAUCAGAAUACUAUGCACCCAUCUCCCUAAAAGACUUUUGCUGGGGAAUUUCGAAAAGAUGGAUACUCUUUGUGGUUUGCUUGAAUCUUUUGAUAUUUUGCUCUCUCAAAAUCAGGUGGCUGACGAAGAAUUUGAAGAACUCUUUGCUCUGCAAGAAAAUUACUCCAAGGAAGGAAGUAGAGCAUUGUCAAGCUCAUAUAAUCUGCAUGAGGUAGAUCUGGAACCACUGGAUUUCCUGGUAAUUGAUGAAGCUGCUCAGUUGAAAGAGUGUGAAUCAGUGAUUCCCAUGCAGCUUGAAGCAAUACGACACGCUGUUCUAAUUGGUGAUGAGUGCCAUCCACAAGCUAGGGUGAAAAGCAGGGUGUCUGAUGAAGCUGGCUUUGGAAGAAGUCUAUUUGAAAGGUUGGGUUUCUUUGGGCAUUCCGAGGACCUUCUAAACAUGCAGGUGGAGAUAGAUGAAGCUGGGCUUGGUAUAAAAAAUAUGGUUGAAGUGGCAGUUGUAAUGGCAAUAAUCCGAACCCUAUUUGAAGCACGGGAACGCUCAAAGUAUAGCUUAUCCAUUGGUAUUAUAUCUCCGUACCCUGCCCAAAUUGCUGCAAUAGAGAAUAAAGUUGGCCAGAAAUAUGAGAAGCUAAAGGACUUUAUCGUGAAGGUGAUGUCUGCAGAUGGAUGUUAUGGCAGCGAGGAAGAUGUCAUAAUAAUAUCUACUGCCGGGUCUAAUCAUAGUGGGUUAUCAGAUGGGUUCCUUUCUAAUCCGCAGUGUACUAAUGUUGCUCUGACACGGGGUAGGCACUGCCUUUGGAUUUUGGGGGAUGACAAAAAAUUGUGUAAGAUUGGAUCUUUCUGGGAAGAUUUAAUCCGUGAUGCGAAGAGCCGACAAUGUUUUUUUAAUGCUGAUGAAGAUGAAGAGCUAGUGAAUGAAAUGUUCAAGGCCAACAAAGAGCUUGAUCAGUUGGAUAAUUUACUUAGUGAAAAUAGUAUGCUUUUCAAAAGUGCAUUGUGGAAGGUCCUGUUCAGCAAUAACUUUAGGAAGUCAUUUGGGAAGUUGAAGUCAUCACAAACACAAAAGUCUGUGGUUAAUCGAUUGGUUGAACUUUCCAAUGGUUGGCGUCCAAAGAAGUUGAAGGUCAAAACUUCAUGUGGUAACUCUACCCAGCUUGUGAAACAGUAUAAGGUUGGAAAGUUGUAUAUCAUUUCUAGCGUCGAUGUUGCGAAAUAUUCAUGCUACACCCAAGUUUUGAAGAUAUGGGAUAUUUUACCUCUCGAGGAAAUACCAAAACUAGUGAAGAGUCUGGAGAGCAUACUUUCCAUAUACACUGACGAAUACCUCGAGCGCUAUAAGCGGGAAGACAUUAAGGGGGAUAUGGUAGUGCCAGUUACCUGGAGAAUAGAUGACGAGAUGGUUAGAUAUAAGAAUACUGACGAUGCUGAGUUAGUAGAUAGUUCAGUAUUAGCAGGGAGAUGUUACAUUGAGAAUUCAAAAGUGAGAGAUAGUCUACUGCUCAUGAAGCCUGGAACAGGGAAAACCACUGUUUUGACAAUGAAACUGUUUCAAAAGGAGCAGCAACACUACUUCUCUUCUAAAGGACCUGUGGAAGCCACGAGAGAUGUUUCUUUGUGGGAUCCAGCUGGGAAUGUGUGCAGAGUGGUUGAAGAUGAGACAAAAGGUACUGUCUUACGGCAAUUGUUCGUAACAGUGAGCCCAAAAUUAUGCGCUGCUGUUAAAAACCAAAUUUCUAAAUUGAAAAGCAGUGGUAGGGCCUCAACAGAUUACGAUUCCCUUGGGUCGGCUAAUUUCGAUGAUGCAGUUCAAUAUCGAGAUACACCAGACUUAAGGGACAUUCCACCUGAAAGUUCUCCACUUGUCAUAACAUUUCAGAAUUUCUUAAUGAUGCUUGAUGGAAGUACGAGGAAUUCGUAUUUUGAUAGAUUUGGUGAUGUAAGAGUACUUUCGCAAUCUAAAAUUGCAACCUCCAGGUCAUUUGCUUUGUGUGCUCUAAGAAGAACGAAAGAGGUCACUUAUGAAAGAUUCAGCUCAUCUUACUGGCCUCACUUUAAUUACCAGAUGACCAAGAAGCUUGAUCCAUCUAUGGUUUUUAUCGAGAUAACUUCACACAUAAAAGGUGGGCUAUUAGAUGGAAGGCUACCUGAUGACAAACUAAGUCGGGAUGAUUACAUAAAACUAUCAGAUGGACGGGGGUCAUCCAUAAGCAAAGAAAUAAGGAAGAUGGUUUAUGAUAUCUUUCUUGAAUACGAGAAGAAGAAAAUACUAAAUGAUGAAUUCGAUUUGGCUGAUUUUGUUAUUGACCUUCACCGUCGAUUGAAAACUGGGUGUUACGAGGGUGUGGAAAUGGAUUUUGUGUAUAUUGAUGAAGUACAGGAUCUCACCAUGAGACAGAUUGGUCUAUUCAAAUAUAUUUGUAGAAAUUUUGUGGAAGGAUUUGUUUUUUCUGGUGAUACUGCGCAAACUAUUGCUGGUGGGGUUGAUUUCAGAUUUCAGGAUGCAAGAUCUUUGUUCUACAAUGAGUUUAUUUUGGAUUCAGGAAGUGAUGGUGUGGGAAAUGCAAAAGACAUGGAUCAAUCUCGUAUCUCAGACAUCUAUGUUUUGAAUCAAAACUUUCGUACUCAUGCAGGUGUUCUCAACUUGUCACAGAGUGUGAUUGAACUCCUGUACGUAUUCUUCCCACAGCACAUUGAUAAUUUAAGUCCCGAGACAAGCGCUAUUUAUGGAGAAGCGCCAAUUUUGCUUGAAUCUGCACAUGAUGCGCUUUUGACUAUUUUUGGCAAAAGCGGCGAAAAUGCUGGUAGGAGUACCGGUGGAUUUGGUGCGGAGUAA